AUGCUCUUUUCCAAUUUUCGCUCGGCGGUUCGAGUCUUUUCCAGACGGGCUUACCAUUUCAAGCUUGGCUUGGCCACCGCCAUCUUGAUGGCCAUCUUCUUGUACUUGAGUCAUGAUAAACGCACUCUGUUGAGCUGGACACCACUUCCUCCGUUGUCGUAUGAACUAUUCUUCCAAGGCCUUGACGAGUAUGUCGUGAAAGCUCCAUCGCUCAAGGAUAGGUACAAGGCUGACAAAGUGGAGUCCAGAGGAAGCAACCAGGACGAGUUUUUGUUUUCCAAGGAGUAUCUUGAAAAUGUUCUCGACAUCUCUGACGAGACAUUGCAAUUGCUCAAACAGUCCCACCAUGGUUACGUGCACAAGCACAUGGAUAAUUUGAUCAAAGAACUGAAGAUCGCUACUUUUGGUAUCGUCAGACCAGAGUCUCCCGAGUGGAAGACUUACAAGAAAAGCGCGGGUUAUGUUAUAAUUGGAGGAGGAAAGUACUCCUGGCUUUCUUACCUUGUCGUGAAACAAAUUAGAUCUAUCGGCGGUACACUUCCAAUCGAAGUUUUCAUCCCAUCUGAGAAAGAAUACGAAGAGAAGUUCUGCAAGGAGGUAUUGCCAAAAUACGAUGCUGUGUGUAAUGUCUUGGAUGUGGAUGUGAUGAAAUCCGUAGCGGAAAAUUUCAAGAUUGGUGGCUACCAAUUCAAAAUGCUUGCAAUCUUAACUUCGAAGUUUGAAAAUGUCAUGUAUUUGGAUUCCGAUCUUUUCCCAACCAGAAACCCCGAGUACAUUUUUGACUCCGAUUUAUACAAAGAGAAAGGACUUUUAUUAUGGCCUGACCACUGGGCGAGAACCACUAACCCUAAGUUCCAUGAAAUUGCAGAGUAUCCUGUUCUAGAAACCAAAGUGAGAUACUCCAAGUAUGACAAGAAGCAAGCCGAGCUGAAGGGCGAGAGUUUGAAACCAUUGCUGGAAUUCACUUUCAAGGACUCAAACUUCCACGAUUUCCAAAAUGCUUUGCCAGACCCUUCGUCUGAAGCCGGAAUUCUUGUUGUAAACAAAACAAGUCACCUCCGCACAAUGCUCUUGGCUUUAUACUACAACUUACUUGGUCCUGAUUAUUACUAUCCUUUAAUGACCCAGGGUGGGGCAGGCGAAGGAGAUAAAGAGACGUUUAUUGCAGCAGCAUCUGUUAUGGGCGAACCAUAUCACCAGACAGCCAAGAGUUUUGCUUGGGUUGGGUACCAUAGCCAGGACGAGAAACUGUUUGUUUCGAAAGCUUUGGGCCACUAUGAUCCGCUCGUAUUGGACCCUGAGGCACCAAAUAAUAUUACCUUCUUGCAUUGCUCCUAUCCAAAGUAUUAUACCGAUUGGUUCUACAACAACCACGAUCUCAUCUAUAAAGAUGAAAAGACUCAUAUUCGCAUGUACGAAGGUAUCUACAACAAUGUUGGAUAUGACGUGGAUUUGAAAUUUCAGCAAAACUUUGUGCAAGGUGUGUGCAAAGGCUAUUAUAAGGAUGGAAAGGCUGUUGAUUCCGAUAUUCGCGAAGAAGAUGAAUGGGCAGGCAAUUUCUUAAAGUAUAUUGGGGAUGACUUGGAGGCCAACAACAAGAGAUGUGCUGAGGUGUACCUUCCUCAUUUGAAAUGGCUUAAAGAAACGACAAAGUUCCCCAACACACUUACGCAAUAG